AUGGGGCCCCUUUGGUCUACCCCCAAGCGCUCCUCACGUGUCGACAAUGGAGAGUCUAGCCCCACCGACACCGUCAUCCUUGGAGCUGGCGUAAUCGGGCUGGCGACGGCCUACCAGCUUUCAUUGGCCUUUGCGGAAGCCCAGCAACUCCUGCACAAUCACGUGCCGCCGCGGAUUGUCGUCAUCGAGCCCUCGAAGCAUAUCAGUCCCGGGGCGUCAGGCCAGGCAACCGGCGGCCUCGGCGACUUUGGCUUCGGUCCGGAGACAGCUCCCUUGGGUGCGCUGUCAUAUCGCCUGUUUCAAGAGAUCGCUGCUCGCCACGACGGAAAGGACGAGUUUGCCUUCAGUGACCAAGUCGUCUAUCGUGUCACUCCCGAAAAUUUCUCCGGUACCCCAAAACCUCCAGACGACUGGGGCCCAGCGCCCCCGAUAGAGCAGCCUCUUACUGCUCUCCCAAGUUGGAUCAAGCCGGCGGACGGCUGGACUGUUCAGCGACUUGCCGGACCUCCUAAUGGAGCUCAUCUGGACCCGGCCUCGUUCUGCAAAUUCUUGUUCGAGCAGUGCAAGAGUCUCGGCGUACGCUUCUAUUUCAACGCGACCGCAACAGCUGUGCAACCUCCCGACGGAGCGCCACGCUUCUCGACUCUCAGCGUACAAGGUCCAGUGGGCACCCGUUGGAAUAUACGUUGCAGGAGCAUCGUCAUUGCUGCCGGGCCCUGGUCAGUCAGAGUCUUCUCCAGGCUCUUUCCAGGUGCAAAGAUAAAGUUGCCAAUGAACGCUACGGGCUCAGCGGGCAACCAUUUUCGAAUUCGGACUCCGGGCUGGCAUCCAGACGAUGAUAAAAAGGGCAGUGAGCAAGUUUUUCUUAACAAUAUUAUCCAAACCGGCAAGGGGCUCGACAUCACUAGCUUUCCUGGUGGUACUCUAUACAUCGGCGGAUACGGCGCUGUUCCAAAAGAACUCCCUGAUUCUGCCGACGCCGUUGAGGCGCAACCUCGCGAGAUAAACGCGAUGGUGAACUUGGUGAAGCAGUACACCAAGGUCCCUUCAGAUCAAGAGCUGGAAAUUCUGGAGCCUGGGCGCUGUUAUCGACCUUUGGCUAUUCCAAAUCACCCAAUCAUUACGAAGGUUGAUUGGAGUCUUCUGGGCAUUCAUAGCUCAACUAUGAUAACUACUCAACUCAAACACCCGGGUAGCCCCUCAGAGCGCCCCGCGCUUUCAUGCCCGUCCACCAUCGGUGGCAUUUUCGUAAACACGGGACAUCAUAGUGACGGCAUGACACUCUCGCUGGGAAGUGGUAGAGUCAUGAGUGAAUUACUUUUCGGUCUUCCUCCUUCGGUGAAUAUCUCUGGGCUAGGUAUUGAGAUGAUAUCAUCGCCAUUCAAGUCUUUACUAUAG